AGGCUCUAUUUAACCCCUCGUCCCCUCCCAUUCCAGCCUAAAAACUUCCAACUCUGCGAGCGCCUGAGCCCGCCUCCAGCUCCCACCCCUUGGCACCACACUAGCCUAGUGCCUAGCUCGCUUGCUCCUCCCUGUUGUCCGCAGGAGCAGAGCCAAAAACCGUCAGCUCGGGGCGCCGAGGCGGCAAGAACGGCCAUGAAGUACGUGCUGGUGACCGGAGGGGUGGUGAGCGGCCUCGGCAAGGGCGUGACGGCCAGCAGCAUCGGCGUCGUGCUCAAGGCCUGCGGCCUCCGCGUCACCACCAUCAAGAUCGACCCCUACCUCAACACUGAUGCUGGAACCAUGUCUCCAUUUGAGCAUGGCGAGGUCUUUGUUUUGGAUGAUGGUGGAGAGGUGGACCUGGACCUUGGAAAUUAUGAACGUUUUCUGGAUAUCAAAUUGACCCGUGACAACAAUAUAACCACAGGAAAAAUCUAUCAGGCUGUCAUUAACAAAGAAAGAAGAGGUGACUACCUGGGAAAAACCGUCCAGGUUGUGCCACAUAUUACAGAUGAAAUACAAGAUUGGAUUGAACGCGUUGCAAUGAAUCCAGUCGACGGCAAAGAAGGACCUCCUGAUGUUUGUGUCAUUGAACUUGGCGGCACUAUAGGGGACAAAAUCUUUUCGCCGCAUAACGACAGUGGCAUUCUUGAUGCAGGGGAUAUUGAGUCAAUGCCUUUCGUUGAAGCAUUAGGUCAAUUUUCAUAUCGUGUUGGACCUGGAAACUUCUGUUUGGUUCAUGUCAGUCUUGUUCCUGUCCUAAAUGUAGUUGGUGAACAGAAAACAAAGCCGACCCAACAUAGUGUUCGAGGGCUUAGAAGACUUGGGUUGGCACCAGAUGUUCUAGCAUGUCGCAGUACUGAGCCAUUGGAAGAGCAUGUGGAAGUUAAGCUCUCACAAUUUUGUCAUGUUCCGAUCUCAAAUAUUGUGAACCUCCAUGACGUGACAAACAUUUGGCACAUCCCUUUGUUGCUAAGGGACCAGAAGGCCCAUGAAGCUAUUCUGAAAGUUUUAGAACUUCAGUAUGCUGGAAAGGUACCUAGGGAACCUAAGUUGGCGGAGUGGACAGAAAGGGCCACCAAAUUUGACAAACUGAAGACUCCGGUCAAUAUUGCCAUGGUUGGAAAAUAUACUGGGCUAUCAGAUUCGUACCUGUCUGUUCUAAAGGCUCUUCUGCAUGCAUCAGUUGCUAUGGAAAGAAAGCUUGUAGUCGACUGGGUUCCUUCAUGUGAUCUGGAAGAUUCUUCAGCUAGAGAGAACCCUGAAGCCCACAAAAAAGCAUGGAAGCUGCUCAAGGGGGCAGAUGGUAUACUCGUCCCUGGAGGCUUUGGAGAUAGGGGAGUUCAGGGCAAAAUUCUUGCUGCAAAAUAUGCACGCGAAAACAAUGUUCCUUAUCUCGGCAUUUGCUUGGGAAUGCAAAUUGCAGUGAUUGAGUUUGCCCGUUCGGUUAUGAAAUUAUGUGGUGCUAAUAGCACAGAAUUUGACCCAGCUGCAACAUCACCCUGCGUCAUUUUCAUGCCAGAGGGCUCAAAAACCCAUAUGGGCGCGACAAUGAGACUUGGAUCAAGGAGAACAUAUUUCCAUGUCCAUGGCUGCAAAUCUGCAAGGCUGUAUGGCAAUGCCACCUCUGUAGAUGAAAGGCAUCGCCACAGAUACGAGGUGAACCCUGAUAUGGUCCCAGACUUUGAGAGGGCCGGGCUUCAAUUCGUGGGUAAGGAUGAAAGUAGAAGACGCAUGGAGAUCAUUGAACUGCCCUCUCACAAGUUCUUCAUCGGCGCACAAUUCCAUCCUGAAUUUAAGUCGAGACCAGGAAAGCCGUCUCCACUUUUCUUAGGUCUGAUAGCAGCGGCAUCUGGGCAACUAGAACCUUUGCUUCAACGCAGCUGCAGCAAUCUGACAAAGACACAUAUGAACAACGGUAAAGUCCAGAUACGGAAACUGUACCCAACUGUACCUGUGAAGAGUCAAUUAAACAGCUUGGUAAAUGGGUACUACCCAAAUGGCACCGGCAUUCACACCUAGAAGCAUAAAUACUAAGCCAAGGCUUGAUUGAAAUUUGCUCCUACGGUUUUGCUUGUACCCCUUUUCAUCUUCCUUCUUGGUUUGUAUUUGUCUCUGAUCAACUGAGAAGGCUAAGACUCGGCAAGCCCGGCCCGGCCCCAGCUCCAGCUCCAGCGACACACGGUUCCGACAUUUUAACGAGGAACGUCCUCCGGUCCGUUGAAGCAGACUAGUAGCUAUAGGGUGGUGAGUGAGUUCUAGUGUGCGCGCGUGAUAUUUCCUUUUUGUUUGAGGCCUAUAAUUAAGGCUGGCAGUGUCUUGGUAGCGUUAGUAGAGCCCGGAAUCUCUCAGCUAUUUGUACAAUGUACAUUAUGGAAGAACUUGUCCAAGGAUUGAAUACACAAAUGCUUGGCCAUGGUUGCGUUGCCAUGAAAUGCAAA